AUGUCAGAGACUUCACCAAAUGCCAACUCAAACCCUUUCAUUAAAAACUGGUCUCUCGAUGCCGUCUUAAAGUCCAUUCCUUUGCCUGAGAUCUCGGCCUCGAGCUCUCCGUUGGCCUUUCUGCAUAUCAUUGAGCGUCUCAAGACAACACCUAGAGAAGGCUGGAAGCGGUUUGAUAUCAUUAACGGAGAAUCCAUUGCAGACCACAUGUACCGGAUGUCAAUCAUCACUAUGCUUUGCCCACCUGAGGAAAAUAUCAACAAAGAUCGUUGUGUCAAGUUAGCACUUAUUCACGACAUGGCUGAAGCCUUGGUUGGUGACCUUACACCACCCGAUAACGUUCCCAAAGAGGAAAAAUACAGGAGAGAGCUCGAGACCAUGAAUUACAUCUGUGAACAGCUCCUGAAGCCAAUGUCUCCAACAAUUGCCGAAGAAUUUAUGGGCUUGUGGACAGAGUACGAAACUGGUGAAACUAAAGAGGCUAUUUUUGUCAAAGAUGUUGAUCGAUUUGAGCUUGUUUGCCAAUGCAUCGAAUACGAGAAGAAAUACAAUGCGAAGAAGGAUCUAAAAGAGUUCCUACAUGUCAGAAGGGGCAUCAAAAACGAGUUCGUCAAGAAGUGGGCCGAAGACGCUCUGAGGGAAAGAGAAGCCUUUUGGGCGGCCGCUGGGGUUGAGAGCGUAGUUGAGAAUUAG